CGAGUGUUCAUUCAGCACUGGGUCCGGCAGGCAGACGAGAGAGCCAGCGGUGUCAUCGAAACAAACACUCGUUUCCAGAUUUAAAAAGUAAUAAUAAUAACGCACACAGAAGAGAAAAUGAUGAACGGACAGAUGAACGGUUUCCACAACUCCCUGAUCGAGGAAGACUGCUUCCUUUUCACUUCGGAGUCAGUCGGGGAAGGUCACCCCGAUAAGAUUUGUGACCAGAUCAGUGAUGCUGUUUUGGAUGCACAUCUUAAGCAGGACCCAGAUGCCAAAGUUGCAUGUGAAACUGUUGCAAAGACUGGUAUGAUCCUUUUGGCUGGUGAGAUCACAUCCCGGGCUAAUGUGGACUACCAGAAAAUAGUCAGAGACACCAUUAAACACAUUGGCUAUGAUGAUUCCUCCAAAGGGUUUGAUUACAAGACCUGCAACGUGCUGGUGGCUCUGGAGCAGCAGUCUCCAGAUAUUGCACAAGGUGUCCACCUGGAUAGGAAUGAGGAGGAUGUAGGUGCUGGGGAUCAGGGCUUGAUGUUCGGCUAUGCUACAGAUGAGACCGCGGAGUGCAUGCCCCUCACCAUUGUCCUUGCCCACAAACUGAACGCUAAGAUGGCUGAGCUGCGUCGUAACGGCACACUUCCCUGGCUGCGUCCAGACUCUAAGACUCAGGUGACGGUGCAGUACCGCCAGGACCGUGGGGCAGUGAUCCCUGUCCGCGUCCACACCAUCGUGGUCUCUGUGCAGCACGACGAGGAUGUCUGUCUGGAUGAAAUGAGAGAUGCCCUGAAGGAGAAGGUCAUUAAGGCGGUGGUACCCUGUGUGUAUUUGGACGAUGAUACCAUAUACCACCUGCAACCCAGUGGCCGAUUCGUCAUCGGAGGACCUCAGGGUGAUGCUGGUCUUACUGGCCGCAAAAUCAUUGUUGAUACCUAUGGAGGAUGGGGUGCCCAUGGGGGUGGUGCUUUUUCUGGGAAGGACUACACUAAAGUGGAUCGCUCAGCUGCCUAUGCUGCUCGCUGGGUUGCAAAGUCCUUGGUCAGGGCUGGGCUCUGCAAGCGGGUACUUGUCCAGGUUGCGUAUGCCAUUGGAGUGGCCCACCCGCUGUCCAUCUCCAUUUUCCACUACGGGACCUCCCAGAAGACAGAGAAGGAGCUCCUGGAGAUCGUCAAGAAGAACUUUGACCUCCGACCUGGAGUCAUUGUCAGGGAGUUGCAGCUGAAGAAACCCAUUUAUCAGAGGACCGCUGCUUAUGGCCACUUUGGUAGAGAUUCUUUCUCUUGGGAAAUGCCCAAAAAACUCCAAUACUAAACAAGUGUUAAGCUUUUUUCCCCCAGGCCUGUUGGUGUAUACUACAGAGAAGCCUCUCAGGCCUUUAGGGGGAAGAGGCCCCCUCUUCCCAAAUUAAUACAACUUUCUGUCUUCACUCCCUUUUCAUUUCAUUGCCGCUCCAAACAGUUCUCCCAGUGCUGUACUGUUAGCUUAGCUUGUAUGUAUAUGGGACCAUUAGAAAGGCUCAGUAUUUUAUGAUGUCCGCUCUUCUGGGUAUGCAUCCUUUUUGUGGGUUAUGUAAUUGCCUUUUUAAAUUUAAACUGGCAUGUGGAAGCAGCUUCAAUCAGUACUAAUGGAUAAACCUAGUCUCCUUUCACCUUUCUUCCCUCUGCACCCCUCUAUUUAAGGUAGUGAUAAAUAGAUUGGUCCUCUUGUCUACGUAAAGUGGUAAUGGAAAUCGCGAUGCGCUAAAUUUUAAACCAUCCUUUCUAAUUUGAAAACAUUGAUUGCUCAUCUGCCUAGUUUAAUACGCUAUAGGCUUGUUGCAGAAUCUUUUAAAACCUGUAGAAUGGUUUACUUUGCUUCUGAAAUAUGGUGCUUUCAUUGUGUUUCAUUGGGUUUUAAGGCUCUUUCUUUAUUUAUUUUUUGUAUUCUCUCUCUCUGGUCUCUGGAGGAUGUACGUAAUGACGGCACAAUUGCAAUGAGGGUUAACUAAAACAGCUAUGCAUCGUAGUUGUAGCACUAGCCAAACCUGGACUUACAUUUUCCAACUCUGGCCCUGGCUGCCUUGGAUGUGAUACAGGGAAGUCAGAAGGUCUUAUUCCCAAGGUCUGUAGGUUGCACUCUGGUACUUUAGAAUUUUUUUUUUUUUUCUUUAUAAGAAAGUUAAUUCCACAAACUGCACAAAAUAACUACUUUUAAGGGUAUUUUUAUUUAAAAACAAAAGCCCUUGCCUGUUGACAGCUAGUGUGGAUACAGAGAAACUGGCUACCAUUAGGCAAAAAGGUGUUAAGCAAACACGUUAAUACUUGAACAUUUCUUGUGUUCCUAUUUAUUAUUGUAUUCUGCAGCUGGGCGUAGAUACAGAGAAGCCUGUGCUUCAGAAGGCAGCUGUCUUUUACUCCAAAAGGUGUUUUUUUUUUUUUCCUUCGAAUGUACAAUUCUUUUGUUUCCAGCAUUCCCUGGUAGGCCAAGGUGUCCUACAGAAAAACCUUGGGUUCCACCUACAGGGGGUCUGGCUGGUGUCGAAACACUUGAGGGGACAGGCAAGCAGGGCCACAGACUUUCCUGGGAGAGGCAGAUUUGGCCGGUGUUGUACAGAGAAGCCGGCCUGUUUACAUGCUCUCUCCAGACUUCUAAAAAGGAUCAGUCUGAAGGCUACUGUUAGCAUGAAGUGCCUUUUUUUUUUUUUUUUUUUUUUUUUUUUUUUUUUUUUUUUUUUUUUAAAUUUCAGAUUAUUACGUAUGUCUUCUCCAAAAGUCCAAAAAAUGACAUGUCAAUAUAAAUAAAGUGCUAGAUCCUUCAUGAAAAA